UGCGCCAAUCAGUCGAACGCAAACAGUCGGAAGCGACGGUAGUAAUUUAGCAGCUGUAUUACUAAAGUGCUGUUUGUGUGUGUGCAUUAUUGGAAUUUUCUCAACAGCUUGAUAUAAAUAACAUAAUUUAAUUGUGUACUUUUUGUACGGGAACGUCAACAAAUGUUUAAAAACAUAAAAACGUUUGACACUUAAAGUGGGGCUAAUGUAAACAAUUGCAAUGAAAGUAUUUAAGUGCAAGUGUACAUUUGUAUAGACAUUUUUAUUAUAUUAUAAAUAAUUCACAUUAUAAAACGUUCAGUACUUCAUAAGCGUUGAAACAUAUCGUUACGGCUUUAAUGACAUACGUUAAAGUAAUAAAUAAUAGAGUAUGAAAUAAGAACAAUUCUGGCGAUUUAAAUACAUAUGAAACAAAAGCUCACAUUUCGACUUGCCAUUCUCUGAUUGAACCACUUACUGUCAGGACAUUUACACAAUUUAAGCUUCUAAAUUAGUGCAGAAGUUAAAUUUUUUGUGUAAUUUAUAUACAGAAAUCCUUGACAACAACAACAACUACAAAAUGACCUUACGAAAUUACUGCAUAUGCAACAACAACAAAUUUUGCAUAAAAAUCGAUAUAAUGUAUUAAGUGUCCAUAAAGUAUUACCAAGUGAGAUUUGGGAAUGUGUAGUGCAACCGCAAUUGUAUGACGUAUAGUAAAAUUGAGUGUCGAAAAACCCACAAUUAAUCGUAUUAAAUAAAGUGAAUUACAAAAAGUUUAAUAAUUUAAAAUUUAAUUUAAUAAUUUAACAUUAAAUUUAAAAACGCAAAAAAAACGUGCAAAAAAUUUUAAAUAAUAAAUUUAAUAAAAACGAAUCACACAAAAACCGCAUAAAAUUGUGCAAAAGCAAAAAAGAAACAGUAUUAAAAGUUUACAAUUUUGUGCUUAAACGUACUUAUGUAUUUACGUGUUUGUUUACAUGUAUGUUAUGCACAAUUUACUUAAAACACAACGAAAUUGCAUUAGUAAAGCAUAAAAUGUAAAAGCACAAGUGAAAAAUAUAAAUUAAAUAAAUUGAAAUAGUAACGCACAAAGCUGAAAAAACGCUUACACAGCAGAAAAAAAAAUAAAAUAAAUAAAAAAUAAAAAAAAAAAUUAAAAAAUAAAAUUAAAAUUAUUUUUUUACGUUAACGCUAAUGUGAUACGUAAUCGCCACAGCUUACACUAGGCAAUCAACGACCAGCUGCUGCAACUUAAACGCUAAUUCCUAUCGCUACACAUAUUCCAAUACGCCAUUCUUUUGACAUGGCCUCUUACGUGGAGUUAUUUGUUUUGUGCCUGCUCUUGAUGCUGCCCUUCCCGUUCUUCUACGAGAACAGCCAUAUGUUUCGUUAUUACUUUAAAUUUUUCAUCUACUACGGCAUUGUGUCAUUCAAUUCAGUUAUACUGAUACCAGCAUUCCUGUUACGACCGUUCGAUGUGCGAAAUUUGCUCUGGGCGAGCACAUUUUGUCAUCGCGUCUCGACUUUAAUCGGUCUACGCUGGGAGCUGCGCGGUCGCGAACAUCUCGAAAAGGAGCAAGCAUGCAUAAUCGUAGCGAACCAUCAGAGCUCAUUGGAUGUGCUUGGCAUGUUCGCCAUCUGGCAUGUCAUGAACAAGUGUACAGUGGUAGCGAAACGUGAGCUCUUCUAUGCUUGGCCCUUCGGUUUGGCCGCCUGGUUAGCCGGUCUCACGUUCAUCGAUCGCGUACGCGGCGAGAAAGCACGCAACACGCUGAACGCUGUCAAUAGUCGCGUUAAGAUUGAUAAAAUCAAAUUAUGGGUAUUUCCCGAGGGUACACGUCGCAACACCGGCGAACUGCACCCCUUCAAAAAGGGCGCCUUUCACAUGGCCAUCGACGAACAAAUACCCAUACUGCCGGUGGUCUUUAGUUCGUAUUGCAGUUUUCUCAAUGAUAAGAUGAAAAUCUUGAAUGCGGGCAACAUAAUCAUAACCGCUUUGCCGCCAAUUAGCACAGCAAAUCUAACCAAAGAUGAACUACCCGAACUGAUGGAGCGCGUACACCGACAAAUGGCAUUGACGCUGAAGCAAACAUCGGCCGAAGUGUUGUCACGCUAUAAGCCCGUCAAAACGCCAUCACUGACUGUGGCCAACACCAACAAUGGCGGCAGCAGCAAUAACACAAGCGCCACCAGCUUGCGCGCUGCUGCCACGGAUGCGGUGUCACUAAAGCGCACAGUAACAAAUGCAACGCCUGCAGCAGCUGCUACAUUGCAGCAACAACAAGUGAAGCGCAGCACAGCGCUGCCAACGGAGGAGCGCAAACGCGGAAUUAAGGUAGCAGCGCCGACGCUUAAGACCACGAACGCGACAUAGGUGGCUGUGUGGGCGCGAUUUAACGCAUAAACAGACAAUUUUGCAGACUUUUCAACUGUGACACUAAUAGAGUUACAUACAUAGCUUUCCAAUAACUGUAUGUAUUAUGUAAACACAAAAAAUUUAUGCUUAAGCCGGUACUAUAACACAUUUUCAUACGUAUAUACAUAUUUACACACUAGCUGCAGACAUAAUAUGCUGUACAUACAUACAUACAUACGUACAAUAUCAAUAUCAAUUUACGAUAUAUUUCUCACACUUAAUUGCUAUUUGCAAUUUAACUAACGGUUGAAAGUAGUUAAGUGCAACCUAAUGUAACGGAUACGCGCAGCAAUUUUAUUGCAAUUGGAUAUUUUAGUUUUUUUUUAGUUUUUAACAAACAUACAUAUAUUAUACAAAAAAAAAUUAGUAAAUUUAAGCAAACGAAAUUUUUACGCACACAUACAUACACACAUUUGUAUUGGUAUAUUGGACAAGUGAAAAGUAUUAAAUUUUGCAAAUCAAAAUAUUUCAUUUUAAACACAUUUGUGAGAAAUUUUAUAUAUGCUUAUACUUUUAUAUAUGUACUUGAUACAUACAGACAAGUAUAGCUCGUUUGGCACACUGUAUAAUAUCUUAUAUUACAAAAUUUACAUAUUUAUUAUUAACAUCAAGCUGCGCAACGAAUUUAAUUGCAUUUCAGGCAAGCGUUUCCUCUUUUUCGUGGCUUGUUUGUAUGCAGGCGUGUUUAAACUUUAAAGUAAAUAUAAAAAAACAUUUUCUGUUAAUUUUUUUAUAUAAAUAUUUUUAUUUUUUUUAUUUCUUGCAAUUUUUUGUAAACAUUUUGUUUCAUUCUAAUUUUAAAUGUCAGUGGUUGCCACCUUUUUAUAUAAAUAUUUU